UUGAGGACAGAAGCUGCAGCAUGAUGAAGACGCCUCCUUCUUCUGCAUCUCUGCAAGUCAAACGCAAAAGUGUGCGUCAGAUCAGGAGACAUCGCUACCCAGGUGGAGCCAACGGUCGAGGCUCCAAGGCCCAGCUGUGGAAGAUCCAGCCCAACAAACACGACACCAUGUGUUUCGUCAAAAUUACGCCUCCGGCGACCGUCAUCCAGCGGAAGGAGAUGGAAACUUACUUACAACUUUUGGACGAUGAAGUGAUUCGGGACUUUCUGAUGAUGGACUCUUGCUAUAAAGUAACAGACAAGUACCUGUUAGCCAUGACAUUUGUGUACUUCAAACGGGCCUCGUUCACUAUUGCCGAAUACACCAGAAAGAACUUCUUUAUCGCAUUGUAUCUCGCUAACACUAUGGAGGAGGAAGAAGAGGAGAGCAAGUAUGAAAUUUUUCCGUGGGCUCUGGGCAAGAACUGGUUGAGGAUGUUUCCCCGAUUCCUCCAGCAGCGAGACGGACUGUGGACUCGCAUCCAGUACAGAGCGGUAGUCAGUAGCCGCUGCUGUGAGAAGGUCAUGGCAAUUGCGGCGUCCCACGCUGCUUGGCAGAGGCAGCGUUUCGAUCACCACAGUGGUGCCCAGCGACGGUACACGGAUCAAGGCCCUGCCUGUCGUCCUCGCGGACCCUCGGCCUCCCGGAAAGCUUGUUCCCUGUGCAACUGUGGCAGCAGCCGACAUCGUAGUAAUGUCUCCUUCUCUGCCGCCAUGAGCUCAUCUGCAAAGACCCGGGAUAAAACCUGUAACGCCCCAUUACCCUCUGCCUUUAGUCUGGAAUUAACCCCUCCUAGGGCCGCCAUGUACUUCAGCUGGACAGCGGAGAGUCAAAGCCCGGACGGCCCUGGAAGCUUUCUCAGGGAUACAUCUUCCGGUAAAUCCUCGUGUGACGCCUUAAUGGACUGGAUGAAUGAGAUGUAAAAGCGCUGGAGGUCGAGCACGUUCCUCUCCGUUCCAGCUGAGCAGUUCAGGGCAUUAAAACUUCACUUCCUGGAGA